AUGGUUGUAAAAAGUAAAGUAGUGUCCGAACAUGUGGAGGACCUCACUAGUAUCUUCGGGAUACUGAGAGAACAUAAGUUGCGCUUGAAUGCUUCGAAGUGCUCCUUUGGUGUAGGUUUCGGGAAGUUCUUGGGGUACAUGGUGACCCAUAGAGGAAUUGAGGUGAAUCCAGACCAGAUUAGGGCCAUUAACAAUUUGCAAGCACCUCGGAAUCCAAAAGAAGUGCAAAAACUGACUGGGAUGACUGCUGCGUUGAACCGGUUCAUCUCCAAGUCGGCUGAGAGGUGUCGUCCUUUUUUCCGCCUGUUACAUAAGUGGCAAGGAUUCGAAUGGACCGUGGAGUGUGCUGAAACAUUCCAGCAGUUGAAAGAUUACUUGUCCAGGCCGCCUAUCAUGUCUAGCCCUGAAGUGGAUGAGGUGUUGUAUGCCUAUUUGGCGAUAGCUCCUCACGCAGUUAGUUUCGACUUGAUACGAGAAGACAAUGGCGUCCAAAGGCCAAUUUAUUAUGUAAGUAAAUCCCUCCAUGAAGCCAAGGUGAGAUAUCUGUCAUUAGAAAAGGCCAUACUGGCGGUGGUCCAUGCAACACGUAAACUUCCGCACUAUUUUCAAGCUCACACUGUGGUUAUUUUGACCCAACUGCCUCUUAAGUCCAUACUCAGAAGUGCUGACUACACCGGAAGAAUUGCCAAGUGGGGCACGAUUCUGGGUGCUUUUGACAUCAAAUACAUGCCCCGCACCUCUGUAAAAGGUCAAGUCCUCGCCGAUCUGGUGGCUGAAUUCGCUGAGUGCCCUGAGGAAAUUAGUAGGAAUCAAGAUCACAUGGAUGAAAAAUCGGUUGGCCUGAUAUCCGCACAAGGAAAGUCUAUAUGGAAAGUGUACGUGGAUGGGGCCGCAAACCAACGGGGAGCUGGAUUGGGAUUGGUGCUGAUAUCCCUCGAAGAGGUCAUCAUCGAGAAGUCGCUAAGACUAGGGUUCUCGGCUACUAACAAUGAAUCAGAAUACGAAGCUUUGAUAAUGGGAAUGAGCAUGGUCCAUAAAAUGGGUGGAAAGGCAGUGAAACUAUUCUCAGACUCGAGGUUGGUAGUCGGCCAGGUGACCGGAGAGUUGGAGGCCAGAGACCUAAGGAUGCAAGGGUAUCUGGACCCGGUUAGGCGUAUGCGAACGGAGUUCGAGUCUUUUGACGUAUUACAUAUUCCACGAGGUGAAAAUACCCACGCUGAUUCCUUGGCGACCCUUGCCACCUCCUCAGUACGAAAUUUCCCUCGGGUGAUUAUCGUCGAAGACUUGUGUACUCCCACUUCACCAGAAAAGGAGGUUUGCCAAAUCCAUCAAGUUAGUUUGUCGACAAGCUGGAUGGAUCCCAUAUUAAAAUUUCUCGAAAGUGACAUAUUGCCCGAAGAUAAGGUGGAAGUUGAGAAAAUACGAAGGAGAGCUCCUCGAUACUGGUUAUCUGAGGAUAAAAAGUUAUACAGACGGUCAUUUUCUGGGCCAUACUUGCUCUGUGUGCCUCUUGAGACAGCAGAGUCAAUCCUGGAAGAAUUGCAUGAGGGCAUUUGUGGAAGCCAUACAGGAGGAAGGUCUCUAUCAUACCGAGCCCUCACGCAAGGUUAUUGGUGGCCAAAUAUGCGGAGAGAAGCGCAGGAGUACGUUAAGAAAUGCAAUCAGUGCCAGAGAUAUGCCCCGAAUAUCCACCAACCGGGAGGAGUUCUUAACCCUCUCUCAAGCCCUUGGCCUUUUGCGGAUGUAGAUGUGAAGAAGUUUGUCUGGAGGAACAUUGUUACACGAUUUGGAAUUCCCCGAACUCUCGUCUCGGAUAACGGACUCCAAUUCGAUAGCAAUGCCUUUAGGGAAUAUUGUUCAGAACUGGGAAUAAGAAACAGAUAUUCCACUCCAGCUUAUCCACAAGGCAAUGGGCAGGCUGAAGCUGUUAACAAGGUAAUAGUCAAUGGGCUUAAGAAGAGACUGGAUGACGCGAAAGGAAAAUGGGUGGAAGAAUUGCCACAUGUGCUUUGGACGUAUCAGACAACACCCCGACGUUCGACGGGAGAAACUCCCUUCUCCAUGACCUAUGGGGCAGAGGCCGUCAUUCCCCUGGAAACUGGAUUCCCAACGUUAAGGACCAGUACAUUCUCUUUGGGUAAUAAUGAUGCGAUGUUGGAAAAAAGUUUAGACCUGAUUGAAGAACGAAGGGAGAGUGCGAUGGUUCAAUUAGCUUACUACCAGCAUAAACUCAAGCAGGGCUACGAUAGCAAUGUGAGGAUGAGGCCGUUAGCCAUAGGAGAUCUGGUGCUGAGGAAAGUCCUGGGGGCCACUAAGAAUCCAAAUUGGGGAAAACUGGGACCUAAUUGGGAGGGGCCAUAUCGGAUCACUUCUAUAGCAGGAAUAGGAGCCUACUAUCUAGAGGACCUAGAUGAAAAACCUAAACUAAGUUAUGCUAGGUCCUCGGAUCGUAAACUUAGUGGAAAUUAA